AUGAUUUCAGAAAGAGCGCCCGUGGCCGUGGUCGAAGGCGGGGACGCGUUGCUGACGUGCGUGAUCCGACCUAUGACCUCGGACGCACCAGGAGGUGCGGACACCGUGCUCUGGAAGACUGGUAGAGGACAAGUGCUUACCGCCGACUCGGCCAGAGUUACCAAUGAUAGGCGCAUCUCAGUAUUGCAUGAUGAAGAAAGGGCGCCCGUGGCCGUGGUCGAAGGCGGGGACGCGUUGCUGACGUGCGUGAUCCGACCUAUGACCUCGGACGCACCAGGAGGUGCGGACACCGUGCUCUGGAAGACUGGUAGAGGACAAGUGCUUACCGCCGACUCGGCCAGAGUUACCAACGAUAGGCGCAUCUCAGUACUGCAUGAUGAAGCACCCGGGGGCCUGUCUACGCCGGCUACGGGCGGCGACGUAUGGGUCCUGUCAAUUAGCCAGGUGCGUCAGUCAGACAGCGGAUUGUACGUAUGUGAGGUCAAUAGCGAUCCCGCUUGGAGGACAUUUCAUCAGCUGAUUGUUCUCAGAGGUUUGGAGCCUCCGGGCAACGUGAGUGCGUCCUUCGCUCCGGAAAAUAUAACCGAAUUCGAUAUGAACCAAGAGUCUUCUGAACAAGAAUUCAUGGAGGAGGAGAAGGAGCAAGAAGCCAAUGACCACAAUUACACGGAGUGCUGCAAAAGGAGUAACGUGAGUGUGGAAUGUCGGGGUUUCUGCUCAGUGAGGAACAUUCUUCAAGGCAGCACUGGCAGAGAACCAGAGGCUUGUGAAUUAGAUUUUCCAGCUAUAGUAAGUUGUAUGGCCGAUGGUCGAGACCAUACUCCCUGUUGCGCCCGGGAAGGUGUUCCGGACCUAUGCCAGGACGUGUGCAAGGGUCAAUAUACCCCCAUUACUGACCACUUACGCACUCAUGUCUCGUGUGCUGCACACACCGAACCGGCACUGGCCUGUAUAUCCAGAGGAGUCAAUCUACUUCCCGGUCAACCACGCGAUGUCGAAUUGGAACCUUUGACCGAGCGCUCGAUCAGGGUGUCCUGGCAGCCACCAGCCUCAUUAGCCCGCACUGUCCAGGAAUACAUCAUUUCUCACGUCGCUUUGGAGACGUACGAUCCUGCAGAACGCAAACCGACGUCUACUGGUGUUCAAAUACAAACUAGAGUUCCAGCUGCUCAGAAUUCUACAGUAUUGAGUGAUCUCACACCCUACACCAUGUAUGAGGUAACUGUCACAGCUCGCAAUUCUCAUGGCUCUAGUUUACCAUCUUAUGGGGUGCGCAGUUUAACUUUGUUGGGUGGACUGAGCUCACCAGCUAGUGCAGAAGGAAAUGUUUCAGCUCCUCCUGAUUUACCAGAUGUCCGAAAAUGUUGCGUGGAACAUGGUGUCAAUCAACCCACGUGUCUAGACAGAAUGUGCGAUCCUAAACAAGCUGAUGUAGUCGAAGUAAUGGACCUCAUGGUGUGCGCUCCUUGGGCUGGUGUUACUUUUCAAUGUUUAGCAAAUGGAGUUGAUCAUUCGCCUUGUUGUCAAGCUAGAGGAAUACCUAAUUCAUGUCUUCCGCUGUGCCAUGGAAAUAUUACAAAUCUAGAUUUUAGUUACUUCAAAUGUCUACGUUAUAUGAGUGAUUAUUCAAGUUGUUUACUGCAAGGAUAUGGGGUGCUGGCUGGACCACCCUCUCGUCUUCGGGCGCCGCACGUGGCCUCAACUUUUGCAGUAAUCAGGUGGAACCCGCCACGUGUUUUGGGCGACACUGUUUUAAUGUAUCACGUUCAUUAUAGAGAGCUCAAUGGAUUUGAUGAAUUUGGAAUUAUUGAAAAGGACCGAUCACCGUUAGUCCUAGAAGGACUUAGGAGUGGAACCGAUUAUGAAGUAUUCAUAUCUGCCAUAAAUAGUCACGGAGUUGGAUCUCCUUCACCAAGAUUAGUUUUCAGAACUGAUUCCUUAAUUGCAGAAGAGUCGAAAGAAAUAGGAUAUAAUAUUACUGCAUGUUGUGUGGGACAUGGCGUAAGUCAACAGUGCAUGGGUUUGUGUACUUAUAAUGCAAAAAUGUCAGAAUUGAGGGCUCUCGGAAAUACGUGCCAAACGCAAAUUCCCAGCCUUGUCAAAUGCGCUGCUGGCGGUCGUGACCAUACACCAUGCUGUUCAAGAAGAGCAGUUCCUCAAAAUUGUAUGAGCAUGUGCAGAGGUGUGAUUGGCUCUCAACCAGGAGUAACAGCAUCAGAAUGUUUACCAUAUAUUGGAAAUAUUGUCCAAUGUUUUGAAGAAGGUACGGAAUAUAUUCCUGGUCCAGUAUCAGAACUGCACGCUGUUACAACUACAAAUACAAGCAUCGCCUUGGCCUGGUUGCCUCCAUGGGGAGAGAAUAACACAACUCCAGAAAAACAGUCCAAAGUUACAUAUGAAGUGCACUAUGGGCUUACUGAUGAAGUAUCGUUACAUGAGACGGUUUUGAAGUUAGAGAAUCAAAUUGCUACAAAUGACACCAGUAUAGGGCUUACAGGUUUACAACCAGGAUCCUUGUACAAAGUAUUUGUCAUUGCACAAAAUGAAAAUGGAACGUCUUUACCAUCUUCUGUUCUAUUUAUAAAUACCUCUAGCGACGCAGAUCCAGGAUCAAACGCUAAGCAAUUAGUGGCUGGUGUACCAUCGCCACCUCAUUCGUUAUCAGUUUCUGAAAGGAGUGCUACUUGGCUGACAGUUGCUUGGCAGCCACCUCAAUUUACACAUCCUGAAGAUCAAAUUCACUACAAAAUCUACUACAAAGCUGCAAUGGCUCAAGCAUUCAAUAUGAGUGAAACAACUUUAACAGCUCAUGAAUUGCAUUCGUUACAACCAAAUACUCAACAUGUGGUCUAUGUCGUUGCUAUAUCAAAAAGAGGAUCGUCACUUCCAUCAGAAACACUGGUUGCCUGGACUGAUCCAGCUUUCCCUGCCUUUGUUGAGAUACCAACGGUUCACCCAGUGGACCUCGUUUCUGAAGGAAAUUCCAUGACAGUUCUUUGCAUAGCUAUGGGAGUCCCGACGCCAACAAUUUCAUUGUAUGUGGGUGGUACCUUAGUAAGACAAGACACUGCCAGGCACAUGGUCACUGUUAUUCAUAAUGUUACUACUGAUAUGGACCAAGUUUCUUGUUAUGCUGACAACGGUUAUGGAAACCCAUGCAAGCUUCGACGUUGCUCCUCGUAUAUCUGCCGGAGGUAUAACUGUGGCAGCCCCAGGAGAACUGUAUCAUUGCAAUGCAUUGUGCGUGGUCAACCUGAACCAAAAGUCAUAUUCUGGAGGGAUCAUCAAGGUCGUAUUCCAGUAAUUCAAGGACCAAGAUACGAUAUCAAUAUUAAACAGGAUAAUGAUGAUAAAUGGAAGUACAUCAUGACCUUAACCAUCGCACACGUAACUGCUUCUGAUGCAGGAGACUACUAUUGUCACGCCGAAAACGUUUUAGGAGCAGUCACUCAAUGUUGCCGAGAACAGAACGUCUCACCAGCUUGCAAUGAUGCCUGCGGCUUCUAUCUAGAUAUUGAAGCGGUUAUUGAUAGACCAGAGUGUCUGAAAGACUUUGAUAAGCUUAUGAAAUGUGCAGCUGAUGGAUCAGAUCAUCGAAAUUGUUGCGCGUCAGCUGGUGUUCCACGUGGCUGUCUGGAUUGGUGUCGUGGUGAACCCAUUGGAGCUCCAGGAUCAUUUUGUUCUCUGCAUAGCACCAGAAAAAUUAUUGGAUGCUUCCAAGAAGGACGGGAUCGAUUACCUGGACCUCCCCAAAAUGUUGCUGUUAGGCCACUUAGCGAGGAUGCGAUAGAAGUUCAUUGGGAUCCACCAAUCAAAAAUCCACACGCAGUAGAAAUGUAUCGUGUAUUUUGGAGAGAAGAAUCUCAGAGAGGAUCUCAUAGGAAUGAUACUCCUUUCACCAACAUGAUGGUGAAUGGAUUAAAAUCUCAUGUACUCUACGAGUUAGUUGUCAAAGCUGGUAAUCAUUAUGGCACAAGUAUGCUGUCACGGCCAGUUCAAUUCACCUUAGACGACAACUACAUUACAUCUGCUUCACGAGCGGAUGCAGGUUCCACAGUAGGUGUUGGUGUAGGUUGCGCCCUCCUGGCACUUGCAGCAGCUGGUGCAGUUCUUUGGGUAGCACUUUGGUAUCGCGGCAAAAGACGCGGAGCAGGUAAAAACGCACCUGGAGGCGUCGCUUUUGAAAAUCCCAGUUAUCUUCGCGAAGGCAAUCCAGAUCACGUACAGAUUCCUGCUGUGUCAUCGUCAGAAACCAGUAACUCGCAGAAUUGGAAUAAUGGUACUGCGACACUUCAAGUUUCGACAGCAACAGAAUUGAAUCCGUCUCUAUAUGAAGAACUUAAAUUGGGAAAAGAUGGAGUGGGUUUCAAGAGAAUGGUGCCAUAAUUUGUUGAAUCGAUUAGAUCAAAUUUUAACAUGACUGUAUAUUUGGGCAAAU